CACUGCCUGCUUGAGGGAAUAUCGUUCCGCAACUGUUAGACUUUAGGCUACAGAAAGCGCUACAGUUUGUGGGUGACAAUGUCAAACCCAUUCGACAUGUCGGUUUAAAUGUCACGGGGAGCGCGCGCGUGUGUUUCUGUGCGCAGCCCGCUAUUUCAGCUUGAGAACGAGAGGUCAUUGCCUUGAAUGAACUGCUUUACACAGACACCGGACACAGUAGUGUGCCAUUUUAAUCACACUCGUUUGCACUUCUACAUCUCCACGUUCAUCUCUGUAAGGCUAUACCAUUGACAGCUAGAAACCUCUUUGAAUGAGUGGUCUAUUGGUAUCAUCCGUCACUCUCGCCAGCCGGUAACAGCAACAUGCCCUUGAUUCGAAUGUAUUGCUCGCCGCUGUCAAGCACCGCUCUGCUACAACAUAUCGCCUCUGGGUAAGAUUAGCCUACAGGAGAAGGCUACUGCAAACCACUCCCCGUAGUCAUUUCUAAUAGGACUCCACUACGGUGACCCCUGUGACCUUACGAGUCGACCCCCAGGGCUACUUCCUGUACUGGACUGACCAGAACAAGGACACGGAUCUCCUGGACAUCGCCUAUAUCAAGGACGCCAGGAACGGAAAAUGCACCAAAACGCCAAAGGACAUGAAGCUACGAGAGCUGCUGGACGUGAGCACCCUGGUGGGGAAGAUGGAGAACAGGAUGCUGACGGUGGUGAGCGGACCAGACAUGGUCAACAUCACAUACCUCAACUUCAUGGCCUUCCAGGAGGAGAUCGCCAAGGAGUGGGCUGAAGAGUUGUUUGGCCUGGCGUCUAACCUACUGGCCCAGAACAUGUCCAGAGAAGCAUGCCUGGAGAAAGCAUACACACGGCUGAAGCUACAGCUCAGCUCAGAGGGAUGCAUCCCUGUCAAGAAUAUCUUCAGGAUGUUCUCGGCGGACAGGAAACGAGUGGAGACAGCUCUGGAGAACUGCAACCUCCCUUCUGGACGGAGUGACUCCGUCCCUCAAGAGGACUUCACUCCGGAGGUCUACAAAGUGUUCCUCACCAACAUAUGUCCUCGACCAGAACUAGACAACAUCUUCUCUGACGUUGGAGCUAAAAGCAAACCCUACCUGACAGUGGAGCAGCUGACUGAGUUUAUAAAUGUCCGACAGAGGGACCCUCGUCUCAACGAGAUCCUCUAUCCUCCUCUCAAACCGGAACAGGUUCAGAGCCUGGUGGACAAGUACGAACCCAAAGAACUGCUGGUGCAGAAAGGUCAGAUCUCAGUGGAGGGCUUCGCCAAGUAUCUGAGUAGUGAAGAGAACAGCAUCAUCCCACCAGAGAAGCUGGACCAGAGUGAAGACAUGACUUUACCGCUGUCUCAUUACUUCAUCAACUCCUCCCACAACACAUACCUCACAGCGGGCCAGCUGGCAGGUAACUCGUCGGUGGAGAUGUACCGGCAGGUCCUCCUUUCAGGGUGUCGCUGUAUCGAGUUGGACUGCUGGAAGGGACGCACCACCGAGGAAGAACCUGUCAUCACACACGGAUUCACCAUGACAACUGAAAUCUCCUUCAAGGAAGUGAUUGAGGCCAUAGCAGAGUGUGCCUUCAAGACCUCCCCUUUCCCUGUCAUCCUCUCCUUUGAGAACCACGUGGACUCGCCCAAGCAGCAGGCCAAGAUGGCGGAGUACUGCAGAUCAAUAUUUGGAGACAUGUUACUGACCGACCCUCUGGAGAAGUACCCUUUGGAACCAGGUGUACACCUGCCCAGCCCUUUGGAUCUGAUGGGGAAGAUUCUGGUGAAGAACAAGAAGAAACACGUCAAGACAUCGAGCACCAAGAAGAAACUGUCAGAGCAGGCCUCCAACACAUACAGCGACUCAUCCAGUGUGCAUGAGCCUUCUUCUCCCAGCACAGGUUCGGCCAAUCAGGAGAUGACCGAGUCCUCCCAGCCUCUAGAGGUCGCUGAGCUCAGCGUCCGACCACAGGGCAGGAAGUCCAUUGGCGAAGUUGAGGCAGAGAGUGACGAUGAUGAUGAUGACGAUGAUGACUGUAAAAAGGGGUCCAUGGAUGAGGGUACAGCGGGCAGCGAGGCGUUUGCCACAGAGGAGAUGUCUAACCUGGUCAGUUAUGUCCAGCCAGUCAAAUUUAACUCUUUCGAGGCCUCCAAAAAGAUCAAUCGGAGCUAUCAGAUGUCGUCGUUUGUGGAGACCAAAGCCUUGGAGCAGCUCACCAAGUCACCCGUGGAGUUUGUUGAGUAUAACAAGCUGCAGUUGAGUCGUAUCUACCCUAAAGGCACCAGAGUAGACUCCUCCAACUACAACCCUCAGCUCUUCUGGAAUGCUGGCUGUCAACUGGUGGCCCUGAACUUCCAGACAAUAGACCUGUCCAUGAUGUUAAACCUGGGCAUGUAUGAGUACAACGGGAAGUGUGGCUACAGGCUGAAACCAGAGUUCAUGAGACGCCCGGACAAACACUUUGAUCCCUUCGCUGAGAGCACUGUGGACGGCAUCGUAGCCAACACGCUGUCUGUGAAGAUCAUCUCAGGCCAGUUCCUGACCGAUAAGAAGGUGGGGACUUAUGUGGAGAUAGACAUGUUUGGUCUGCCGGUGGACACCAGAAGGAAAGGUUUUAAGACCAAGACGUCUCAGGGCAACGCUGUCAACCCUGUCUGGGAGGAGGAGGCCUUCACACUCAAGAAGGUGGUUCUGCCCACUCUGGCCUCGAUGAGGAUUUCUGUGUUUGAAGAUGGAGGGAAGUUCAUUGGCCAUCGCAUCAUUCCUGUGAAUGCCAUCCGCCCAGGUUACCACUACAUUGGUCUGAGGAAUGAGAAGAACCAGGCUCUGACCCUCCCUGCUCUGUUUGUCUAUGUAGAGGUCAAGGACUAUGUCCCUGAUACAUUCGCAGAUGUCAUCGAGGCGUUGUCCAAUCCCAUCCGUUACGUCAACCUGAUGGAGCAGAGAGCCAAUCAACUGGCAGCUCUCACUCUGGAGGAGGGAGCAGAGGAGGAGGACAGCAAAGAGGUGGAUGCAGGUGGUGAUGACCCCAAGGAGCCCGACCCCCGGGUGACCGUGCCCGCAGAGAACGGGGUCAACCACACCCCCAUCAUCUCCCCCAAACCCCCGAGCCUUGUUAGCCACCAGCAACAGCCCACAGGUUCAGUGAAACCAGCAGUGAAGACUGAGGAUGUAAUCCAGAGUGUUCUUACAGAGAUGGAGGCCCAGACCCUGGAGGAGUUGAAGCAGCAGAAGGGCUUUGUGAGGGAGCAGAGGAAGCAGUAUAAAGAGAUGAAGGAGUUGGUCAGGAAACACCACCGUAAGACCGGCGAGCUGAUCAAGGAGCACACGGCCAGGGCUGCAGAGCUGCAGAACCAGCACCAGCGCAGGCGCGCCGCGCUGCAGAAGAGCCACAAACGAGACGGUAAGAAAAGUAGGUCGGAGCAGUGUCUGUCGUCCCUGGAGCAGGAGCUGUGUGUGUUGGACCAGGAGUCCAGUCAGAGACUGUCCGAGCUCAAGGAGCAGCAGCAACAACAGCUACUCGCACUGAGACAGGAGCAGUAUUACAGCGAGAAGUACCAGAAGAAAGAACACAUCAAAAUGCUGGUGGAGAAGUUGACAACCAUAGCGGAGGAAUGUCAGAGUGCCCAGUUGAGGAAGAUUCGAGACAUCUGUGACAAGGAAAAGAAAGAUCUGAAGAAGAAGAUGGACAAGAAAAGACAGGAGAAGAUUAAUGAAGCGAAGGCCAGCAACAAGAAUGUGACAGAGGAAGAGAAGCUGGAAAUCAACAGGUCGUUUGUCAAUGAGGUGGUGCAGUAUAUCAAACGGUUGGAGGAUGCUCAGAGUAAGAGAAUGGAGAGACUACUGGAGAAGCAGAACGACAUCAGACAGCAGAUUGUGGACGAGAAACCUAAGCUGCAGACCGAGCUGGACCAGGAGUACCAGGACAAGUUCAGACGGUUGCCCCUAGAGAUCCAGGAGUUUGUCCAGGACAGCAGCAAGGCCAAGCUUAGCGACGACAGUACCCAUGGCAACCUGUCUGUCUCCUCGACGACCGAGAGGCUCAACCACAAAGCGUCACAGUCAGAGGACGACACAGAAGACUCGUCGGAAAGAGUGUUUGACACACCCCUUUAAGACAAAAUCUGAAAUGACCCCCUUUUCCCUAUAUAGUGCAGUACUUUUGGCAGGAGCCUCAUAUAAGACUGUCCAAAAGUAGUGCACUAUAUAGGGAAUAGGCUUUAGAGACGAAACAUCAUUAGAGACUAAACCCUCCCCUUCCUCUGAAUUGGACAGUUCUGGGUGGUCGUUCUGGCUCGAGGUGAAAAUUGCCAUUCUAGGGACAGAUUACCCUGCGCUCACUCCUAACCUGAACCAGUAGGGGGGUUAAACAAUAUCUGACCCUGGACCAGUAAUAGGGAGUACCUACUCUGUUGUUCUAAUCAGAUAUGUAAAUACUUGUUUUGUAUUUGUAUGUGUGUGUUGUUGUUUUGCUUCGGAGCGGUGCAACCACCGGAUACGUGUAUGUGUGACUCGCCACUAACUAUGCGCAGAAACUAAGUUACAUACUUGAACCAUUGCACAGACAGAAUCAUUUCCUUUUUUGAAAAAAUGUUUUUAAAUGUGUUCCUACUUUUUAGACAAGACAACGUAUUAGGUGUUAGAUGACGUUCUCACAAUGCUGACUAUAGUGUAGGUCAGUCAGUGGUGCCAAUGUUUUGAUUUCACCGUGCACUUAGAGAAUGAUUACGAGUAGCAUUAAUAUGACAUUGGUUAAGACCGAGGCAAUGUUGAAUUUGUAACCUACAAUGGCACUGCAAUGUAACGUGAUUACAUUGCAAGCCCCAAAUAAAGUCCAGGCAUAGCAAGUCAAUUUCAACUUCCUGUCCAACCACUGUGGACACAGCCUUUAUUUUCUUUAUUGAAAAGUACGAAUGGCUCCUCUUGUAUAUUUUGCACCGAAGGCUUUCUACAGAGCUAACUCUUCUAUUCUUUUGUAGCCACCAAGCACUGGAGGCUUGGUGGUUUUAUUUUGUCCUCACAAAAGUAAGUCUACUCUGUUGCUGCUACCUUGUUUUAAUACUAUUGUUGUCCUAUUUUGCUUUGUAAGAUAUAAUAUUGGCCUGGCCGAGACGUACUUAUUUUAUAGUUUUAUUUUUUUCAUUUUUGUAAUGUUUUUGACACGUUAGCGUUUAGAUUGUUUAUGGUGGGGGGUGCCGUGGAGGGGUGGGGGGUGCGGAGAGAGGCGAAAUGGAUGGGAGGGUGAUGAGGGAUGGAGGGAGGGUGAUGAGGGAUGGAAGGAGGGAUGGAGGAAGGGUGAUGAGGGAUGGAGGGAGGGUGAUGAGGGAUGGAGGGAGGGUGAUGAGGGAUGGAGGGAGGGUGAUGAGGGAGAGUAAAUCAUGUAUCUGCAUGCUGUUGAACUAUUGUAAAUGUUACUGUAGCAGAAAAGAUGUAACGUAAAUGUAAAAUGUACAUUUCUCUGUCCUCUUGUACAGCAGAUCACUAACCCGACCCUAAUGAUUUGAAAUCAAACUGAAACUGUAAAUAUGUAACAAUUGAUGAGAUGACAUUGUUUGAACAGUACUAGUGAUGAGCUACUUGUGUUGGUAUGAGAUAAAAUGAAAAAAAGACUAUAUCACUGCCCCUUACCAAAGACUGAAAUUGUUGACACACACACACACACACACUUGAACCAUUAACAUAAGACACUACAAUGAUGUCCCAGGCCUUUACAGCAUUUAUACCCUAAACAUAGUUUUAUGAUCAAUACAUGUCCCAAAUGUUUAUUCAAUGGUUUUCCUUUGGCAAUAUAAAUGUAAGUACUUACUGCCCAAGACAGUCACCACAGAUAAUGUUUGCAACAUGGUAGAUUUGAACUAUUUCUAAAGCCAAACCUUUGGUCAUUUCAUGUCCACGUAAAAUAUUGAGAGCACCGCCCCUAACAGAAGCUCAUACACUAUUGGUCCAUUCAUCCUUUGAUAUGUGACAUCAUACCAAACUAAACUGUCAGUCAAAGACCCGGGACAAAGUUUAGGACUUUCCAACCUGUACAGGGCCAUACAUACACCACUUUGAUGUGUCACGUCUGCUGUCGGAAUACUUAUUUCAAUUGAUUAACUUGAAUCCGUUUGAAAGUGAAGGAUCACGUUAUAAAGUGUAAACAAGUAUAACUUGGUUUCUAUAGAAUACGGUUCUUAUUGAUGUGAGAGUCCUGUGCCUUUUUGAGUAGGUUGGCCUUGUUUUGAUGUCGAAUGUGUGAAAUGCAUCUUUGUGUACGUUGCCAUUGUAUUAUACGAAGCUGUCCGUUAUUGGAUCGACUGUGUGCACUUUAAGCACGGUGCCACUACUGAGUAAAAAACACUUGCGAUGAUGAAGAGUAUUUUGAGAAGUGGCUCCUUUUAAAAAGACAAUAAUGCUAGACAUGCAUUUUUAUUUUGUCUUGAACCACUUGUUUCUAUUCAUCAACCUAAGUGCAUGCAUUUUUGUUGUUGUAAAUGUGUGUAUGACGUAAAGGAAAAACAUUGAGACGAUAACGAUGAUGAUCAUAGUAUAGAAGUGCAAAGGGAAUCUGCUUGUGAUUAAUAAAUGUGGCUAUUGUACAUUGCUGAAGUGAA